CAGGUAACUUUUCGUUUGUCUUGUUAAUGUGUUAAAAAAAGAAAGACAUCAACACCAGAUGUGUCUGUUAAAUAAACAAAAACAUCAAGUGUCUAUUGUUUUCUUUUUCUUUUAUUUAGUUGGUUAUUAAUUGCCUUUUCAAAAGAAUUUAAUCUUUUCAACUUAUGAUCGAUUAUUCAUCUUAUUAAACAAAAGUUUGUAUAUAAAGUGAAAUAAAUUUUCAUAUUGAAUUUAUUUUAUAUUAGAUUAUGGCUGAAGGAGGUGAUAUUCAUCAAGAAAGUCGAGCCAAAUGGCCGAUUAGCGCUGAUGAUUAUGAACUUGGAGAAAUAAUUGGUCGAGGUGCUACAGCACUUGUUCAAGCUGCUACAGUUAAAAAAACGAAAGAACGUGUUGCAGUUAAACGAAUUAAUCUUGAUCGAUGUAAUACGUCCCUUGAAGAACUUUUGAAAGAAAUACAAGUUAUGAGUCAAUGUCAAAAUGAAAAUGUCGUACGAUUUAAUACAUCAUUUGUUGUUGGAGAAGAAUUAUGGCUUAUUAUGAAAUUGUUAGAUGGAGGUUCAUUACUUGAUGUUAUACGUUAUACAAUGCAACGAGGAAAUUGUCGUAAUGGUGUACUUGAUGAAGUUGCUAUUGCAACAGUUUUACGUGAGGUUAUCAAAGGUUUGGAUUAUUUUCAUUCAAAUGGUCAUAUACACAGAGAUAUUAAAGCUGGAAAUAUUCUAUUGGGAACAGAUGGUAGUGUUCAAAUUGCUGAUUUUGGUGUUAGUGCAUUUAUUGCAUCUGGUGGAGAUAUAACACGAGAUAAACAACGACAUACAUUUGUGGGUACACCUUGUUGGAUGGCACCUGAAGUUAUGGAACAACAACCAACUGGUUAUGAUACUAAAGCCGAUAUAUGGUCAUUUGGUAUAUUGGCAAUUGAAUUAGCAACUGGUACAGCUCCUUAUCAUAAAUAUCCUCCAAUGAAAGUUUUAAUAAUGACUUUACAAAAUGAACCACCAACAUUAGAAAUAUGUGCAGAAGAUCGUGAUCAAUAUAAGCAAUAUAGCAAAACAUUCGGUAAAAUGAUCGAACAGUGUUUACAAAAAAAUCCUGCUGAUCGUCCAACAGCUAAACAAUUAUUAAAACAUGAUUUUUUUAAGAAAGCUAAAGAUCGUUCAUAUAUAGCUAAACAUUUAGCAUUAAAAUUUCAAGAUCGAAAAAAAAUGGAAGAAAAAACAAUUAAUCGACGUAAGCCAACAUCUGUACGUGCUGUACGUCUUAGUGAUAGUGGAGAAUGGAAAUUUAGUAGUGGUUCAGAUGAUGAAGGUGCAAGUGGAAAUGAAGCAACAACAACAUCAGGUGAUGAUGCAGCAAAUAAAUUAAAAAAUCUAGAAAAUCAAACUGUUAAAAAUAUGGGAGAUUUAAUUGAAAAAAAUGACUCUGCUAUUAAAUCGACUACCCAUUCGAAUGAAUCAACAUCUCAAGCAUCUGUUAGUGAUGUGACUACUGGAAUUAAAGAACUAUCCACCGAUAACAAUCAAGUAUUAAAAUUUACCCUAAGAAUACGAAAUAUACAAGGCGAUCUACAUGAUAUUAAAUUUGAAUUUAAUAAAGUAACUGAAACUGUACCAGACGUUGUUUCAGAAAUGGUCUUAGCUCAUUUAAUUGAUGAACGUGAUGCACACUCUGUUACUUCUACAAUGACUCAACUUGUUGAAAAUCCAUCACUUACAACUGCUACAUUUGCUCUGGCAUCAUAUGUCGAUCCUACCCAACCAGCCGACGAUAAAUUACUUAUUGGCUUUGCUCAACUUUCAUUAAACACUUGA